AUGCCGGAUGACUGGGUAGAAACGGGCCUUGUGGCCGAAGCAGCGAAACAACGUCAGAUGGAACAGCUAAACUUCCGUCAGGCUAAGCUGGACUUUGAUGGUGUUGAUCCAGACCUGGGGAUGCAUCUGCUGUCGCUCCAUUGGAAUCGCCAACAUCAUUCAUUUCUCAUCACCUACCGCCCUGCGUUCAUGCGGGACAUGGCUUGCAAUGGUCCUUACUUUUCCAAGCUACUUCUCAACGCUAUCUACUUUGGUGCGGCCAAAUUCAGUCCUAGAUUGGAGGUCCGCAAAGACCCCAACGACGUCCGUACAGCUGGAUGGAGAUAUCGCGAGCGCGUCCGGGAACUCCUGGGUGGUGCCCUAGACCGUAGUGACAUCACAACAAUCCAGGCACUGCUUGUAAUGACCAACUCACUCUUUGCUCUCGGGGAUGAAAGGAGUGCUGCAUGGCUGUAUUCUGGGCUGGCGUUCCGCAUGUUGAUUGACUUGGGCAUGCAUGUCGACUUGACGAGUACACGCCGGUUCUCGGAUGAGGAUUUAGAAAUUCGACGACGGGUCUUUUGGGGUGCGUUUGUUGUGGAUAAGAUCCAGAGUUUGUAUCAAGGCCGUCCCGUUAGCUUGAAAGAGACAGACGCCCUUGUCCCAAUCAAAUUUUUGGACACCUACGAGGAGCUCGAGCAUUGGCAGCCGUUUGCUUACUCAACCUCAGCACCUGACUACCCGGGAAUGCCGGCAUAUAGCAUAUCUACUUUCACAUAUCUGUGCAAACUCUCACUCACUAUGAGCGACAUCCUCAGCUGCAUAUAUACUGAGCGCAGUUCUAAUCAAAGUCCAGCUGAGCUGGCAAGUAUGCUAGACGAACUGCAGCUCAGAUUGGACCAGUGGCAGGUAGGAUUGCCAGAACAUCUGCGGUUCGAUCCAGGGAAAGCUCACAGCGUGGCAUUCCCGCCCCCUCAUGUGUCCAGCCUCCACGCUAUGCAUAAUUCACUUGUCAUUCUGCUCCACCGUCCUUUUGUAGCGGACGGUCAUCUGUACAGCACAUCGCCGUCGAUAUCUGUCGAUUCGUUCAAGAAGUGUGCCUCAGCGGCAACAAACAUCAGUAAUCUCCUGCGUGCUUAUCAUCGCGCAUUCUCUAUCAGACGAGCACCCUACCUCAUAUCAUAUGCAACAUACGUUGCUGCCACGGUUUUGACUCGAAUCGCAGCUAGACGUAGGAAUGAUUCGACGGCACAUGCCAACCUAGCGACCUGUCUCGCUGUAUUCAAUGAGAAUCAAGAGACGAAUUCAGCGGUAAAAAAAGCGGCUAAUAUCGUACAAGGCCUGAUGAAAAAGCUCGGGGUCAUCAUUGACGAUGUCUCACUUGACGCUUUAGAAAUCGACCCGCCGAUCAGAUGCUCCGAGCGAGACCCACAGCCCAGCCAUGGUGCUGCUGAGGGCGAUGUCAGCGUCCAGGCGAGCUCUGGGAACGAAAUCCAGAAUAACCUGACCAUCGGAAACGUGACGGGACUUUCAAAUACCAAAUCUCUUGAUCAUCCGACAACAAGCUCCCCUGGAUCGGACUGGGUAGAUAUAGAUGGAAUUAUUCAGAGCUUUCUGCAAGAGAAUAGCAGUCGCGGAGCAAGACUAGGAGACUACGAGACGAACGGAACACCUACUCAGCUGCCUAGACCACCGUGGGUGCCGCUGCAUCAAGGAGACAUCCCCCCGUCCGUGAUGAUGGACAAUGCGCGUACUGUCGGAAACCAGGCUUCUCUCCGUCCAGAUACUGAUGUCCCUAAUGGUGUGCAUCGAACGGAGACAGCUGGUGGAACGUAUCAGUGGCAACAUGGCUGGAGACCGACAAACUGGGAGCCUACAUCCUUAGAGGAUCCACUUUUUGGAUUGAACGCCGUUUCUCCCGCGGGAACAUCGAUCCCCAUCCUAUAUAGUCCCACUAUGCGCCACGCCUCACCCGAUGACCCAGUUAAUAUGGCUACUGAGCUACUCAGCAAGACCCGGCGCCUUAGGCGCCACGCUCUGCCAUGUGUUCUUAUGCGCGCGGGCACCUCCAAAGGAAUAUUCCUGCACCAAAAAGAUAUGCCAACAAAACAGGCUGACUGGGCUCCUCACUUAAUCUCUGCUCUCGGAUCUCGAGGGAACGACCCUCGGCAGAUUGACGGCGUUGGCGGCGGGACAUCUACGACAUCCAAAGUUGCCGUCGUUCAGCGCUCGCAAAGACCGGACGCCGAUGUCGAUUGGACCUUUGUCCAAGUUGCUGUAGGCAAAGAGUCAGUGGACUUUACCGGCACUUGUGGCAACAUUACUGCGGGUGUGGCACCCUUUGCCAUCCAGGAAGGCCUUGUCACGCCGGGGCCGGGUCAGAACAUGAUGGACGUCAGAAUCUACAACACAAAUACGGAUCGAAUAGUUAUCGAAACCGUCGCAGUGGAUGGGUCAGGAGAUUAUGAGGAGGAUGGGAACUUCAUCAUUCCCGGUGUCAAAUCACCUGGGAGCGAAGUCAGAUGCACAUUUCUCAAGCCGGUGGGCAGUAUGACUGGGAAGCUCUUCCCUUCCGAAGACCAGCAACAGCAGAUACUUCGUGUGCAGCCUGGGUCGCUCAUGCCCAGCCUGGAGCCUUUCGACGUCCGUGUAACCCUGAUCGAUUCGGCGAACCCGUUUGUCCUCAUUGAUACGACAUCGAUAUCACCAACCCUGCUCGGGACAUAUCCAUCCGACUCUGAUCGAAAUGAUCUUGUCGAGACCAUCCGCCGCGCUGGUGCCGUGGCGAUGGGGCUAGCAACAGACGCUGAAGCCGCCAGUAGGACCCGCGGGACGCCCAAGGCUGCAUUCGUGUACCCCCCGACCUUUACCCAAGUUGGCGGCGGCAAGGAUAGUCGGCCCGAUAUUCGCGUACAAGCGUACUCCAUGGGGUUACCACAUCCAAGCCUACAGCUCACUGGGGCGGUGACAAUCGCCGUUGCACUCAGCUACCCCGGCACAAUCGCGGCAGGCCUCUCCGCUAUGGGCGCUAUCAUGCAUGGGGCGUUGCCUCCGACCCCCGAACAGUCGCCGCCACCGGAUGACCGCAAAAACGAGAAUCCUGAGUUGGGGAGAGAUGUACUGAUUGAACAUAGCCAAGGGACAAUGAAGGUGGGUGUGGUAAUGGAUGAUGCUGGAGAAGUGACUAGUUGCGCGGUGUCGCGUACGGCCAGGCGACUGUUUGAGGGCAAGGUCAGGUAUUAUAUACAGGAGGAUUAG